GAACCAUCACAGCUGCGAGUGAGACUACUUUUGGAGCGACAGGUUGCGACGACAGAUCAUUGGGGAGGAACCGCCGGGGCUGAGGAGGGCGCGGGGGCGAGCAGUGCAUGAGAAAUUUCUCAUUCACUGUGGAACAGACUGGAUUUUAACCUUGGAUUAAUGUAAUCUGAGAGGAAAAAUGCAACAAGAAGCUCAUGGAAUCCAAGUUGUACUGGAAGAAGGUUUGGCUCUCAUGUUGUGCCUUAGCUGAACAGUGGAGGAAGAACAGCCCACCUGCUUUUUGUUCCUAAAUCCUUUUUUGCGGAGCAGAGAACCAUCUGAGUCCCUCUGCGAUGGAGAACGCUGUCCUGGAGCCCAGAUCAGAGCGGAUUGCUCGCUACAAGGCUGAGAGGAGGCGAGAACUGGCCGAGCGCUAUGGCAGCACUGAGGAGCUUCCUUCCAAGUGGGUAAGAAGGGAUGAGAAAAACGUUCAUGAGCCAGCAAGCCAAGCACAUGGAGGAGUGUUGAACUCGGAUGGCCUCAGUGAGAAAGUGAACAGAAGAACACAGGGUGUUACAAAUGGAUUAGAGGCUCCUGUUGAGUCCAGCUGCCUGAGAAGGCAGGGUUGCCAGGACUCUGCUAGCCUGCUGGCGAGUGUGGAGGAGCCCGUUGUCCCUCAUGGACUUGAUGCCCCACAGCUCCACACUCGUGUGUCCGUGGGCCAGUUAAGAAGUGCCCUUCUGCAGCAGACGGAGAGUGGAGCGCAGCCUGAGAAAGUUAGCUUCUCUGAUGCUGGGCGAGCCACAUCCUCCCUGGAUCUGGCUGUAAAGCUGGGCUCUGAGGGUGGUCGGCGACGCCCUCAGCGUUACCUCCCUAGUGCGUCAGGUGGUAAUAGAAAAACAAGCGAACGAUUCAGGACACAGCCAAUCACUGCCAAUGAGAUGGAGGAACGCAGUGGACUCUUAGACCCAGAGAACGAGGAGAACAGCAAAGCAGACGUAAAAACAGAUGACAGAGCCAAAAUGAGUGUGGCAGCCAAGAUGUCUCUAUUUAAAGAGCUGGAGAAGUCUUCUGCCCCUGAGGCCUCGGCCUUCCUCAAGCCUCGCUCAAGCAGCGUCUCUCAUGAACGCAGGAACCGGCGUGGCAAUGACCACCGCUUUCUUACACAGCCAAUCACCUGCGAAGAAAUGGUAGCAAUCAGCGCUCCCAAACCUUCACCUCCGGUCGAGGUCCACUCUGUGCAGGCCGAGGCAGAGGACGGCGAUGAGAGCUGCAAGCUGAGCAUGAGUGAGAAGCUGGCCCUCUUCAACAAACUGUCCCUGCCUGGGAGGGAGGGGGCUGGGCCUGCUGACGGGCCCCCAGAGAGACGAAGACAAAAGGGGGCUCGGUACCGCACGCAGCCCAUCACUGUGGAGGAGGUCAGUCUGCUUCAGAAAGGUCCUAUUCAGCUUCCUGCCCUCGGUUUGUCCCCUCAUCUAACUGACAGACAGCAGGCCUCGUCAGUCAACCUGAAACCCAGUGAGGUGCGUCUUUCACAGCCCAAACCAGACGCUGGUACUGGACUCGGAGAAUCUGGCCGGACUCAGCAGGGCCCACAGCGCUAUGACUCUGAACCAGGCUUAAAAGGAAUCCUGAAGAAGAGCCGCUCUGCAGGCUCAGAGUGGAGCACGACAGAAGCCAGUCAGAUAGAUGCCCCACACAGCCACGAACAGAAUGGUGGAAGCUUUAGAGAAGCAGUGACACAUGGGAGCAAAGAUGGAAGUGAGACGGAGGAAAUUUCUGCAGCACCACGGAGAGACAGACGAGAGGCCUCGGGUGUGGAGGGAGGCUCUCUGACUGCUGCUCCCUGGAGGCAGAGGGCUCGAAACCGGAGGGAAACUAUUGCCUGCACACCAAUCAGAGCCUCGUCAGAACAGGAUGCUCCUCAGCAGGAGGGUUCCUGCCAGACAAAGCAUGAACUGAGCUUUUCCUCUGAGAAAAACAGCUUAGAUAUGAAUGGAAGAGCCAAGCAAGAGGAAGAGCAAAAGAGCACGAGGAAGACGAAUGAAGAAACCGCAGCUAUAAAAGUUGUCCAGGUCACCGCAGUAGAUCCUGAACUGCAGGAGACGACCAACCACAGCAGAAGCGAGUAUCAUGUGCAGGAAGAGUCAGAGAACCCUCAUCUCGAGAAUGACAGCCCACAGUGCUGGGAGCCAGUAUUUGCCUCUGUCUAUUCUAUCAGUACGCCCCAAUAUAUCAUGUGUUUUAAUCAGACCAACCUGUCCUUUGAGGCACAAGAAGUGUCCUCUCCUACAAAUAAUCAGCCUCAGCCUCAGUGGAGACAUAAGGCUAAAGGAGUUGAACUUCAGAUGACUGAAGUCGGAGAAAUGAAAACACAGCAGGAAAGCAAAGAGCAGGAGGCUGGAAGCAUGACCAAGAUGGAUCUUGAAUCUGGUGAAUCACACAGAAAUGGUGUCUCCCACAACAGGAGACACUCCACUGAUGCUCUGUCAUGCAAAAAUAAAGUGGCUCUGCAGAGUUCUUCACCCAUGGUGGCUACUCAGGAGGUAAAGGAGGAGACUCCUGUUGAUGAACCAAACAUGUCUGAUGGAGGUUUCUACUGUGAGUGGUCACCUUCUUCUGCUUGCCCCCCACCACAAGGUGUUGGGGGGCAAGCCUCAGAGAAUGAGCAGGACCUGGGUGUCCUCUGCCAGACCAACACACCCAUAUUGACCUCAGCAGUAGCGGAGCACAGGCGGUCGGUGCGUCCGUCCCGUCGAACUCAAGGCUCCAGAAACCCUCUGAGGGCUCUCGCAGCCAGAGACGACAUCAGGCAGGACUUCAUGGGAGAGAGAGUCAAUUCAUCGGCUCAGGAGAGGAUCCAAGCAGAUAAAGAGUCUAAGAACUCAUCUGUGGCAGAUUCAUGCCCCUUCAGAUCUGAAGAGUCCUCCUCAGGUGCAGAGACGGCUCAGUCUUACCCUCCCUUCAGCAGCCUGAUGCUAAUUCACAUCAAAGGUAGGCAGCAUGUCCAGGUCCGCCUGGUUGAGCCCUCAGUGCAGUCGCUGAACAGCGGAGACUGCUUCCUGCUGGUCACUCCGGAGCAUUGCAUCCUGUGGAGUGGAGAGUUUGCCAGUGGACAAGAAAAAGCAAAGGCCUCUGAGCUGGCUUUAAUCAUCCAGAGCCAGAGGGACCUUGGCUGUUUGGCCUCCCAAGUUGUCCACCUGGAGGAGGGCCUGAACUCUGACAGCAGUGUGGCUGCAGACUUCUGGAGCCUUCUGGGAGGAAGAACACAGUACCGAGGAGCUGGUGCACCAGAGGAGGAUGAGCUCUAUGAGCGUGGUGUGGUGGAGUCCAACUGUGUGUACAGGCUGGUGGAGAACAAAUUGGUGCCUCAUGAUCAGGCCUGGGCCUCCAUCCCCAGCAUCUCCCUGCUGGCCUCUUCUGAGGCCCUGGUGUUUGAUUUUGGCAGUGAGGUCUAUCUGUGGCUUGGACAGGAUGUUUCCCUCAGGAAGAGAAAUGUUGCUCUCCAGCUGACUCACCAGGUGUGGGUUGGAGCUUAUGACUACAGCAACUGUCAAGUAAACCCACUGGAUCCCACUCAGUGUAACCCCAGCAUUCAGCUGCGAGGGGAAGGCCGUCCCAGCUGGGCUCUGUUCGGCGUCCUCACUGAGCACAACGAGACAGCUCUGUUCAGGGAGAAGUUCCUGGACUGGAUGUGCAAGAUUGGAGGCAGAGAGGAAGCGGCUUCAGGGAUGGAUGACAUGCAGUCCAUCCCAGGCCAGUCAUCCCAACCGCUCACCUCUUCAUCAGACCUCCUGAGUCCCUGCGAUGCCCAAGCUCUAGUGUCAGGUCAGUCCUUAGAAGGUGAUGGUUUGGUCCACACUGUGCUGGCUGGGGUCAAUGUCCAGAGAGGUCAUGGUGUCAUCAUGUUGGAGGAGGGACGUCAGAUGGAGCUGAAAACAGUAGCAGUGGACACCUGGCACGUCCAGGAGUUCGACGACAGUGAGAUCCCCGUGGAGAGCAACGGGCAGCUUUAUGAAGGAGACUCCUACGUAAUCCGCUGGAAGUACAGCAUCAAGACUGUUGAUGACACAGACAGCUCAGAUGAGUGUGGUAUGGAUCCAGUACCAAAAGAAAAGACUGCCUUCUUCCUGUGGAGAGGCCGGCACUCCAGUGUCAGUGGACAGGACACUGCUGCCUUCCUUUCCAUCGGGAUGAGGAACCAUGAAGAGUCACAGGUGGUUGUGCCUCAGGGGAAAGAACCCCCCUCUUUCCUGCAGCUUUUCAAAGGAGGCUUGGUCGUUCACAAGGGAAAGCGAGAGGAAGCGUCCACUAACACAGCAGGUUGGCGUCUGUUUUGUGUGCGAGGGGAGCUCCCAGAUGAGGGUUUUCUGUUAGAGGUCGAGUGCUGCUGUGCGGGUCUGAGGUCGAGAGGCUGUGUUGUCCUGCUAAAUGGCCAGCAGGGGGUGCUAUACCUCUGGAGUGGUUGUAAAUCUCACAGCAGCACCAGGGAAGUCGGCAAGAGGGUGGUGGAGGUCCUCUCAGAUAUGUGUCCAUCAGAGCUGGGUCUCAGCAAAAGCAGCCCUGUAAAGGUGCAGGUAGUAGAGGAAGGUUCAGAGCCGGCAGACUUCUGGACAGCACUGGGACAAAUGGACAGGAAGGCCUAUGACUGCAUGCUGCAAGAUCCAGGAAAGUAUAACUUCACACCUCGUCUCUUCCACCUGAGUGCCGCCUCUGGGAGUUUCCAGGCUGAGGAGCUCCAAAGUCCAAUGCAGAUGCCCGGACUUGUGAUGGCAAUGCCUUUUGUCCAGGAGAGCCUGUACACUGUACCACAGCCAGCCUUGUUCCUGCUCGACAACCAUCUGGAGGUCUACCUGUGGCAGAGAGGUCAGCCUGAGCAGACAGAGAGCUCUUCAGCCUGGAGCCUCUGGCAUCAUGAGAGAAAGUGUGCCAUGCAGACAGCGCUGCAGUAUUGCAAAGAAAUAAACCAGAAAAGGCCGCCCUAUGCAUAUCUCAUCCUUGAGGGAGCUGAACCUCUCACUUUCACUAAUGUCUUCCCCCACUGGGAGAAAAGCCUCGAACCUCACACACAGGGUGAUGCAGGGCGAGCGAAGCUGACCUUGGUGCAGGACGCCCUGGCCCAGCUCAUGAAGACCCAGUAUCCUCUGGAGGAGCUGCUGCGGAGACCCCUUCCUGAAGGAGUGGACCCCCAGCGCCUGGAGGUCUACCUGUCUGACCAGGACUUUCAGACCAUUUUAGAAAUGAAGAGAGAUGAAUAUGCCUCCCUCCCAAGCUGGAAGCAAAUUGAUUUGAAGAAAAGCAAAGGGCUGUUCUGUUAGACAAUGAGAUAAAGUGGAGGCUGACUGAUGCACCGGCAGCAGAGACUUCCUUGUCUGCCAUGAAAGAAAGAUGGCACGGGGGACAUAAGCAUCGUGUUUCUGCACAAAGGACUGCUCACAGCAUAAUAAAAACUACA